CAGAUCAGUACACCAAAGUGUGAAGGUUCUCAGCACUGACAGAAGGAAGGUGUCUCGAUCGUUAAUCGCUGAUCUGAACUGAAAAUGCCGCCAACAAGGAGCCGAAGAAGCCGCGGUGCUUCGUCAGCAGGCAGCAGAACCAGAUCAAGUUCCAGUCGUGCUUCAGCGGGCAGCCCUGAACCAAAGCGAAGAAGGACUGAGCAUGACCAAGCUCAUGGCUCACAUGACUCAAGAAGCCUUGCAAAAGCAAAGAUGGGCGAGGGGCUUGAAGGAAGGACUAAAGUUCUAAGUGACGACAAGUUUAAAGCUCUGAACAAAGCUUUGAAGAUCGACAAGAAGAAACCACAAGCAUCACAGUUGAAGCCGGAGCAAGUGGACUUUCAUAUAACGGAGAAUAGGGAGGCUCACAAAACAGAUGACUACGAGGCUCAACAGCUGAUCAUCAGGAGAGGCCAGACAUUUGACGUCACUGUGACCUUCAACCGAGAGUACCAGCCCGAUAGUGACGUCAUUAUACUGCAGUUUGUGACAGGCAGUCGUCCUCAAGAAAGCAAGGGUUCCAUUGUCCGAGUCCUCUUGAGUGACACUCUCAGCCCCGCUAAGUGGGGAAUGAAGAUUAAGCAGAUCAGCGGUAAUACCAUGCAUUUGGUGGUCAUGCCUUCUGCCAAAGCUCUGAUUGGACAGUAUGAAGUAUUCGUGGAGACCAAGAUGACGACUGCAGCAGGAAAGAAAUUAGUUUUGCGAUAUAAAGACGACGACACAAUCUACGUCCUGUUCAAUGCUUGGUGCAAAGAGGACUCAGUGUUUAUGGAGAAAGAGAUUGAUCGUGAAGAGUACGUAUUAGCAGACUUUGGUUACAUCUGGGUGGGUUCUGCCAGAAGAAACGAAGGAAUCCCGUGGCAGUUUGGCCAGUUUGAAGACGUCGCCCUGGAAAGCGCUCUGUUUUUGCUUGAUAAAGCGGAACUUUCCCCUACAGCGAGGUCCAGUCCAGUCCAGAUUGUACGAACCAUAUCAGCAAUGGCUAAUUACAAUGACAGUGACGGUGGGAUCCUUUUCGGCCGAUGGACUGAGACCUACCCUAAGAAUUGUACUCCACCGACUGCCUGGACCGGAAGUACUGCUAUUCUGGAAAAAUUCUGGAAAAAGAAGUUUUAUGUGAAAUACGGCCAAUGCUGGGUCUUCUCUGGACUGGUCACAACAUUGUUGCGAGCACUGGGCUUACCAACCCGAAGCGUUACAAACUUCCAAUCAGCUCACGACUCGGACGGUAGUAUGACCAUUGAUUUUCACUACGACGAGGAAGGCAAUCCAAUUGAUGAUCUAGAUGACUCCAUAUGGAACUUUCACGUGUGGAACGAGUCAUGGUUCAAGCGUCCUGAUUUACCAGAUGGUCAUGAUGGAUGGCAGGCUCAUGAUGCCACACCACAAGAGACAAGCGAAGGCGUUUUCCGCUGCGGUCCCGCCUCUGUGAACGCCAUCAAGAACGGAGAGGUGUAUCUCCCCUACGACACGGGCUUCGUAUUUGCUGAAGUGAACGGUGACCGCGUGUAUUGGGAUGUAGAGGAUGAUGAUGGUUCCAUGAAGGCUGCUUAUGUCGACACAAACAGCAUUGGCAAACAUAUCAGCACAAAAGAGCCUGGUGUGCACGCAAGGUUGGAUCUCACGAAUGCCUACAAAUAUCUAGAAGGUUCUGCAGAAGAAAGGAAAGCUGUUAAGUUCGCUCACAAGUUCAGCACCCGCAGAGAGUAUGAGAUUUACAAAGCUGAACGAGAAGACGUGGAAUUCAGCCUUGAAGUUCUGGAUGAUGUUGCCAUGGGCGACAGUUUCGACAUCAGCGUUGUAGUGCAUAACAGAUCCGACGAUCAGCGGACCGUCAAAGUCAACAUCACUUCCGUUAUGGCGUUCUAUACUGGAAUUCCAGCUAAGCCAUUGAAAAGGGAGAUGAAAACACUCAACAUUGAUCCAAGAGCAGAGGAUAGAGUGGUCUUAAAGAUUGCAGGCAAGGACUACAUGGGCAAACUGGCGGGGGAUGGCAAUAUCAAACUGUAUGUAAAAUGUGCUGUGCAGGAGACGGGCCAAUCUUACGCCACUCAAGAUGUCGUUGAGCUGCGAAAACCUAAACUUGUAGUUACGGCAUCUCCUAGAACUGUGACGCUAAACGGAAAGGUGGAGGUAGCAAUGUCCUUCAAGAAUCCUUUACCCGUACCCCUGAAGAAUGGACAAUUCCAUUUGGAAGCUACUGGAAUGUCACCAAAGUCCAUGGUCAUUGACUGCCGAGGUCCUGUAGCUCCUAAGAAGGAAGCAAAGGGGACUGCCACAUUCACUGCUGUCCGGGGCCGGAAGCGUAAUAUUGUGGUCAGCUUCCUGUCAGAUGAGUUGGCUGGUGUGCGAGGAGAGUGUGCUAUUAAUGUGAAUUAACUCAGGCAUUAGUCAGUGCGAGUGUUUUCUUCUUCUUCUUCGUUUUUUUUUUUUUUAUUUUUUCAAUAAUUUAACCCUGGGCAGCACCAUAAGUUAAAUAAUAUUUUCUUGACUUACUAAACCAGGUCUAGGUCUGAAAAUAACAAAUUCAAAACCUUAGGAUACAUGUAACGAACAAACCUUCUGGAACCACUGAGUUAUUUCUCCAAGAACGUUUUAGACGUAAUAAAUUUUUUGGUUAAAUAACCAAUAUUUCAUGGAACAAACAAAUUGUCUGUAACUGCGACCAUAAUUCCAGUAGCCAUUGACUGGAAUUUGUCCCAUGUAUAAUUAACAUCAAACUGAGGUACUUUUCGUUACUUUAGCAGAAACUAUCUUUACAAGAAUAUUCAAGUACUCUAAUCAACACACAAAUUAGCUACAAAAAAAUCUUCUUUGAAAAUCUGUGUGGUGUAAUGCUUAUCUGACCAAACUUUGGUUGCUCAGGGCACUUGACCAUAAAAUAGUUAUUCAUUUAAAAACUAGUCUUAAAAAAGAGUUAGUCCACAUUGCAAACAGUGUUAGUGAGAUACAUGCACGGACGACAUGCCUAAUUUAAAAUCAUAUAGGAUACAUGUACAUGCUGCUAAAAUUUUGGCCUAAACGUUAACGACGCUAAGCAUACCGGGAGAACCUUGAAAAGAACUUGAUGUUGGGGAAGCAAAUAGUACAUUUACAACUAAUGUCUCUGCGGCAGGUUCGCUAUUUCAGAUUUGCAAGAGAAAUUGAGACUUUGAGACGGCUUCGUGAAUAAAGUCAAGACUACAAGACGCGUAAUUUUUGAAUGGUCAUUCACUACCCAUUGAUGUUGACGCCAAUGACAUUUUAAAUGAGAGAUUUCAUAAUGCAGCAGCUUGAAUGUUCGGAAUAGUUAACACCGCUGCAAGAAAUAGAGCUGAGUAAGGUUUGCUCCCCAGAUGCAAGAUCCUACUUACGUGAUAAUAAAAACGUGCUCACAUGAACAUUUUAGAGCAGUUUUCACUUGAGUGUCAAAAGUCCUGCAAAACGCAUUUGCGUUAGUUUUGAGUUACCACAGUAAGCAAUUGGCUUAAGAAACACGCACCACUUUGUCAUCCAAUCAGAAGUAAAAUCAAAACCAACCGUGACUCGCUCGCACACGUUUUCCCCCGCCUUGCGUCAGCUAUAUGUAUUUGUAUCGAGUUUUGAUUGGUUCAUUGGAUUGUCUGUGUCUUUCGUGAUUGGCCAGAGUGCUUACUUUGAUUUAACGUCACUCAAUUGAAAACCGCUCUAAGAAAUGACAUAACUGUAUCAUUUCAUA